CACUCUUUGGCUUACGAGUUACGGCUUACCCAGUCCUGCAAAAAGAUGCAUAUCUGCCAAGACCCGACCCGGUUACGGUAUGCGAAAGAAGAUCGAUCAUGAUAACACGCAGCAAAAAGACCAAAAUCGUGAAGAAUCUUCAAGAGGAAAACAAGUUUGAUGAACUCCCUCAGGACCUAGUGAUCGAGAUAUUUAGGCGGUUGCCUUUAAAAACUGUAGGUAGGUGUCUCACACUAUCCAAGUCAUGGGCAACAACUAUCCGCAGUCGAAGUUUCUUCACAUCUUUUCCGUCGCAGCCUUGUACCCUAAUCGCUUUCGCCCGGCCCCUUUACAUCGCUAACCGCAAAGAAGUGCUGUUGCGCUUCUUCUUGUCGUCUUCCUCAUCAUCAACGUCGUCGUUUCUAUCACGUUUCAGGACAUGUCCGUCCUUAUGUCCUCCUGAUAACUUGGCGUACUAUUAUAAUCAUGCUAAUGGUUUGAUAAGCAUUGGAUAUGGUCGAGAGCAUAUCGUAGCUAACCCCAGCACUGGUAGUUUAAUAUCUUUACCAAGAGUCAAAACAAGAGGAACGGGAAGGGUCGUAAAAAGUUUUUUCGGGUAUGAUCCAGUUAGUGAUCUAUACAAAGUGUUGGCCAUGACGGAAAGAGUUUAUGGCCAUCAACAAGACCCAUCAUCUCAACAUCAAGUGUUCACAUUGGGAGGAAAAAAGCGAUGGAAAAUGCUGGAUUGUAGCAUUCCUGAUCACCGUCCUUGGUCUAACGGUGUGUGCAUAGAUGGUGUUGUGUAUUAUGUUGCCAAAACAGGGCAAGGUAUGUCACAACUGAGCAUAAUGAGAUUUGAACUGAGGGCUGACAGUUUGAAUCUUCUUACUAGUUUACCUGAAGAGAUUCAAACUCCAAGUCUAUAUAGUGACACUUUGAUGAACUACAAAGGGAAACUAGCCAUAGCUACUGAAAUCACAGCAUUUACAUUUGAUGUGUGGGUUAUGAAUCUGGAUGGUGAAAAACAUGAACCCUUGAAGAAAAUAACUUUUGGUAUCAAACUUAAGCAACGCUUACGCGUCAGAGGCACUACUCAUACUGGUGAGUUUAUCUUCGCACCAAGGCGCUAUUAUGGUUUUUAUGUCACCUAUUACAAUCCCGACAAGAAUAGUAUUAAAGAGAUUAAGAUUGACGUUUCCGCAGACUGUGAUGAGUUCAAAAGUCGUUUUAUAAGCGCUAUAGUUUUUCCGGAUUACCUAGAGAGUUUUAGGUUGUUGUCAGAGAGACAAUUCAUGAUUUGAUU